UCCUUAUAUAAUCUUCAUCAUCCAAAUCCGACCCAUCAUUCAAAAUCAUCAAAAUUCAAUCAGAUCACGACAAUGGGUAUUCACUUGAACACAAUCCCGCAAUCCACAAUCACAAAAUCCCAUUACCACACCCACAAAAUCUUCCUCUUUUGCAAUUAUAUCCUCCUUUCCGCCGCUUCCAGCUGCAUCUUCCUAACCCUCGCCCUCCGCCUCUGUCCUUCCCUCUCCGGCUUCUUCUUAAUCCUCCUCCACAUCAUAACCAUCGCCGGAGCAAUCUCGGGUUGCGCAGCUGCUUCUUCGGGUACAAACGGAUGGUACGCCGCACACAUGGUGGCAACGGUGUUGACGGCCAUAUUUCAAGGGUCAGUUUCAGUGUUGAUAUUCACUAAGACAAGUGAUUUUAUGGGGUAUUUGAGAUCUUACGUAAGGGAAGAAGAUGGAGAGGUGAUAUUGAAACUGGCUGGUGGGUUGUGUGCGGUGAUUUUUGUGCUUGAAUGGGUGGUGAUGACAUUGGCUUUUUUCUUGAAGUAUUAUGAUUAUGUGGAAGGUGGUGAUGAGAAUGGGGUUUGUAUGAAGAGUAGUGCUAAAGUGUAUCAAGAUGAGGAUUUGAAGGAUUGGCCAUGGCCUUUUCAACUUUAAAAUUUAUGUAUAAUAGAACAAAUGUGUGUAUGUAUGUAUGUAUGUACGUAUCUAUAUGGCUUAUAUAUAGAUAUGGGUUGGGAUUUGGGGGAGAUGACGAGGGUUUUGGGUUUGUGGCUAUGGAAGCUCAAACUUCUGUUAUUUUUUAAAUUCAAUUAUUAUUUAAUUGUUUCCCUUUGUUUUCUUUCUUGGAA